AUGAAGCUCAUCCAGAGGUCAUGGUUACUAUCUACCCUUGUAGCCAGUGCCGUUUAUGCGUUCCCGCAAGACCGCAUCUCAACCGUGGUCAAGCGCGGUAUCGAGUACACUGUCUUCCACCAUGCAGCCACAGGAGCAACGCUGGAAAUUGUAGAGAACUCAGGCAUCUGUGAAACCACGCCAGGAGUCAACCAGUACUCCGGAUACCUCUCUGUCGGAGAGGACAUGAACAUGUUCUUCUGGUUCUUUGAAUCACGCUAUGACCCUUACGCAGCCCCUCUAACAGCCUGGUUCAACGGCGGACCCGGCUGCUCAUCCAUGAUCGGUCUCUUCCAAGAACACGGUCCAUGUCGCUUCAUCGACAAUCAGACCACCCCCUCCAUCAACCCCUACAGCUGGAACACCCACUCCAACAUGCUCUACAUCGACCAGCCCAUCGGCGUGGGCUUCUCCUACGGCAACGACACAGUCAAUAGCACCGUCACCGCCGCCCCAUAUGUCUGGAAACUCAUCCAAGCAUUCUAUGCCCACUUUCCAGAUUACCAGAGUCGUGACUUUAAUCUAUUCACAGAAUCCUACGGCGGCCACUACGGCCCCGAAUUCGCCCACUACAUCCAAGCCCAAAACACCGCCAUCACCAACGGCCACAUCAUCGGCGAACCCAUCAACCUCGUCUCCCUCGGUAUCAACAACGGGUGGUUCGACUCUACCAUUCAAGAAAAAUCCUACAUCACCUACGCUUUGGAUAACCCCUACCGGGCCUUGAUCAACACCUCCGCCGGAGAAAAAUACUACCACGACUACGAAACCAUCUGUCUCCCUGCCCUAGAGAACUGCACUAUCCUCGCUACAGACCCAGCCUGUCGUAUUGCGGCGAACACCUGUGCCGAUGUUGUCGAGGAUCCGAUCCUCAGCACAGGGGACUGGAACGUAUACGAUAUUCGUCGGCCGGCGAAUGAUCCCUACCCGCCUGAAACAUACGUUGAGUAUUUGAAGAAUGAGACUGUUAUGAAAGCUAUCGGUGCGAGGGUUACGUAUGCGGAGUGUCCGGAUGGACCGUAUGAUAAAUUCGCCUCGACGGGUGACUUAACCCGUUCUUUCCUAACCACCUUCUCCACAAUCGUGACCUCCGGAAUCAACAUCCUCCUCUGGGCCGGCGACGCAGACUGGAUCUGCAACUGGCUCGGUGUACACGAAGUCGCUAACGCCGUGGAUUUCCCGGGACGGAGAGAAUUCCAGGAUACCCCGUUACAACCGUAUACUGUUGAUGGUGUGGAAAGGGGGAUGUUUAAGUCUGUGGGGAAUUUUUCCCUCCUGAGGGUGUAUGACGCCGGGCAUGAGGUGCCUUAUUAUCGUGAGUUUGGCCCCAUGGUUUCUGGUGGGGUUGAAGGGCUGGUUAGGUUUGGGUUUGGGUUUGGCUAAUGUUUGGUUGGUGGGGUGGGUGUGUGUAGAACCG